AUGGAUGCAUCCAUGCCUUCGCCGGCCGUUGCGACCGAGCCCUCGAACGUCUCCUCCGACGCUGCCUUGCCCGAAGCUUCCAACUUGUCCAAGCACCCCGAACCCGCUCACGCUUUGACUCCACCCACUUCCGAGGACAAUAACAUCAGAGUCGACGAUGACGCUUCUUCUGACCUGUCUGAAUUGGACCUCGACAUGGACGAUGAGGAAGAAGUCGAACCAGACCAUUAUUGGGAUGACGGCAAAGUGCCUGUUUUCAAACCAGUACGUCACCUCACCACUAACAGAACCUACAUGUACUCACAUUUUUGCUAUAGNACAAUGGCCCAGUUCCGCGACUUCAANAAGUAUAUUGACAAGAUCGACAAGUACGGCAUGAAAUCUGGUAUCGUAAAGGUCAUUCCUCCUCCAGAAUGGAAAGCCGAGCAACCUCCCCUCGACGAACUCGUCAAGACCAUUAAAAUCAAGAAUCCAAUCUCGCAAGAAUUCAUGGGCACCCACGGAAUCUACACCCAAGCCAACAUCGAGAAGCAACGCUCUUACAACCUCCCCGAAUGGAAGGCGCUUACCGAGGAAACUCAAUACCAGCCCCCUGCCAGAAGAGGAGAACGCCGUCGAAAUCAAGGACAAGUCUCCAGGAGUGCUGCGGCUAAGACCCGUACCUCAACUAGGACUUCAACUCCCAAAGAUGCUACCAACAAGAGGAAGCCUGGUAGGCCUCGCAAGAACCCUCUGAAGAACGAGGCCGAUAAUGAUGAGGAAUCAUCGUCAAGAGCCAGCCAAGUACCACCAACGCCUACCUCNCCCGUACUAAAGUCCACCGAGCCUCUUGAACACACAACUCCAAGCAAGCCAAAGCCAAAACCGAGAGGUCGUCAACCCAAAGCAGGCCAGCAGAAGUCUGUAUCCUCUCGCAGAAUGAACAACACUACCGAAACCAACGACGUCUACGACGAGGCCGCCUUCAAAGAUUUCGACUACCACAUGGACGACCUGGAGGAGUUCACAUCUGAGCGAUGUGCCGAAUUGGAAACUGCAUACUGGAAGAGUUUGACCUUUGCUCAGCCCAUGUAUGCUGCUGAUAUGCCUGGUUCGUUGUUCAAGGACGAGUGUGAUGUCUGGAAUGUCGCAAAACUGCCCAACUUGCUGGAUGUUCUUGGAACAAAGGUGCCUGGUGUCAAUACUGCUUAUCUGUACAUGGGAAUGUGGAAGGCUACAUUCGCAUGGCAUCUGGAGGAUGUUGAUCUCUACAGCAUCAACUACAUCCAUUUUGGAGCGCCCAAGCAGUGGUACAGUAUCUCUCAGGAGGACGCCAGAAAGUUCGAAAAGGCCAUGAAGAGCAUCUGGCCCAACGACUCAAAGGCUUGUGAUCAGUUCUUGCGUCACAAGACAUACCUCAUCUCUCCGGAAAUAUUGCAGAAGCAAUUCGGCAUCAAAGUCAACAAGCUUGUUCAUUACGAAGGUGAAUUCGUCAUCACUUACCCUUACGGUUAUCACUCUGGAUACAACAUCGGCUACAACUGUGCAGAAUCUGUCAACUUCGCCACCGAGUCCUGGCUGGACUACGGACGUAUCGCAAAGAAGUGCGAGUGCGAGGCCGACAGUGUCUGGGUCGAUGUUGGUGAAAUUGAGCGUAAACUCAGAGGCGAACCCACUCCUGAGUAUUAUGAAGAAACUGAUGAUGAUGACGACGAAAUGAAUCUGGAUGCUGCAACGGAUCUUCCCAGUCCACCUGCAAGUGUCGCCGGUAAGCCGCAGUCGCAAGCUCGCAAGCGUAAGCGGGAUCCCAAGGACAAGGACGCAGGCAAAAAGAAGAAGCGUAUCAGAAUCCUUAUCAAGGGUCCUCACAGGGAGCCUUGUGUCCUCUGUCCAAACGACCCUCCUAACGAGCCUUUGCUACCUACAGACAACGGCCAGCAAGCGCAUCGCUGCUGCGCACUUUACACNCCCGAAACAUGGAUUAACAGCGAGGAUGGCGUUGACAAGAUCGUCGGCGUUGCUGGUAUCGACAAGGCACGCCUCGAUCUCAAGUGCAACUUCUGUCGCUCCAAGCGUGGUGCUUGCUUCCAAUGCCAAGCCAAGAAGUGCACCAGAGCGUACCAUGCAACCUGCGCUCUUGCCGCUGGUGUACAGAUCGAUGUCGGCCCCGUGCCAACCUUCGGCGAGGAUGGAACGGAAUACUACGAAGAGGGUAUCGAUUUGAGAUGCCGUUUCCAUCGAGCCAAGCGUGCAAAGAAUGUGGAUGCUGAUGCUUUGGAAACCAGCAAGCUCAUCAACACCUUUGCCAAGUCUCUCAAGCAAGGCGAUGCUAUCCAGGCUCAGUUCCUUAGUGGCGACAUCUUCGCAGGCAUUGUCGAGGAGAACCGCCCAGGUGAAAGUACUGUUCUUGUCAACGUGCUUCCCAGUGGUGAUCAAGUCGAGGUCGAAUGGAAAUGGAUCUUGGUGCUGGACCCCAUUGACUCUGAACGUCCUAAGCCCUCUCCAACUGCCAUUCCCAUGCCAGAGGGUAUGAGCAAGCUGUCUGUGUCGAUUGGAAACCGUCAAGACGGUGUUCCCCUUAUUGAUACACCUUUUCAUGAGGACGCAGCUUGGAAAUGGGCCGAUUUCCGUAAUCUGCAGGACCCUCCUCAAGGCUAUAGUACAGCCGUGAUCAAGAAUCCUGAUCAGGUCAAGAUCGAUCUGAACAAGCCUGAUCAGCUGUAUUACUAUCUGCCAAAGAAGUCGACAGAGGCUAAAGGCAGGUUUACUGACGACCCCAAGGGCCAGAAUCACGUCUUUAUGGGCGACUUUAUGGAGCGCGUCAAGCCUGCUAAACCUUUUAGACCUGUGGCACCAUCAUACACUGGAGGCUACACUGGUGGUUACACCGUGCCCCAAGUCUCGCGACCUGUACAAGUACAAAACAGUGAGCGGCCAUACAUGUACAAACCCAAAACUCCCGCUUAUCCUACAGGGAGCUAUGGCCUGGAUCAACGAGCGCUGGCCUCGCAGAAACAGUUCAUCCAGCAAGCUGAUGCUAGAAGAGCCUCGUACGCUACAGAGCUCUACUCUUCUCAGCCGCCCAUCCCUUCGCUUCGUCAGCAGCAUAGUGAACCAACACGGCCGCCUCCGGCUCCCCUUCGUCCUUUCUCAGAGGGCUACUACUCGUCAAGAACUCUUCCUGCUGCCAUUCCUGGUGAAUACUCGCAGUUCCAUCAACAGGUGCGCCGUACAUCGGGCAGUCCUCUUACAACGCAACCUUAUCAGACACAGCCUUACGGAACUCCUUCCCAGAUGUCCCAGUCAAGUGCGGGCAGCCCCCAGACCGGCGCUGGGUAUGCUCAGCAGCAAGGUGCCAGUCGCGCUUCUCUAAAACCAUACAGCAACUUAAUCGGUGACUUGGUCAACAAGAGUGGACCUACUGCUCAGCUUCCCACGCAGAACAUGCAGAAUUCUCCUGGUAGUAGACCUACGGCUCAGUCACCAACGACAGCCAGCGUUCGCCCUGCCAACGGACAAUGGACCCCACCUUCGCAGAUCUACCAUGAAUACGAUCGCACCCAUACACAGUUNCCUCCCAGCAACACUUAUCGCCCGCAGCCCACAUACCAGACGCCACAGGAGUUCCAGCAGCAGAUUGGCAUACAGGCUCGUCAGCCAAGUGUCUCGAACCGCUGGGGAGCAUACGAUCGCAUGCUAAGAGACGCUGCCAGCACACAAUCAACAUUGCCGCAUCCGUCCAACCCUUACGCCAUGUCAACGACAACAGCUGGUGGCGCACCGAACGGCUUUUCCAUCCCCACGACAUAUCCUAGCCCAAAGGCUCCAACAGCUAGUCCGUUGAGCGACACGCAGACACCUCGUGCACCUAGUCCUGGCAUGAACUCUCGCAAUCAGGGAAUGACAUGGGGCGGUCCACCACAGCAUCCAUCUUUGCAUAACCCAAUGUCUGCUUUGAACAACACUUUGCCGUCGCUGCAAUCCAUGACUCAAGAAGGGCCGUUUGCUUCAGCCACUCGUCCGCCAACCUCUCAACAGUAG